AAGCUAUUUAUCUGCAGUGGACUCCUGAGGGUAAACGACUGAUUACGGGUGCAUCAACGGGCGAGUUCACAUUAUGGAAUGGAACAGCUUUCAACUUCGAAACAAUUCUACAGGUACUGGAAGCGGUAUUGUUCUGUCCAUUUGCUCCAACUGAUGUAAAACUGGCGUCCGCAUCUGAUGACGGUACUGUUCGUAUAUGGGACUUUGCUAGAUGUGUUGAAGAAAGAGCUAUGCGUGGUCAUGGCUCGGAGGUGAGAUGUGUCGCGUGGCACCCAUUCAAGGGUAUGAUAGUAACCGGAUCAAGAGAUUCUCAGCAGCCGGUGAAGUUAUGGGAUCCAAGGACAGGGGACUGUCUAACGACUUUGCAAGAUCACAAAAGUUCUGUGAUGGCUGUGGAUUGGAACCGGAAUGGUAACUGGUUGCUGACAGCGGGUCGUGAUCAUCUUGUCAAACUCUAUGAUCUACGCGUUAUGAAGGAGAUGUACUCUUACAAAGGGCACAAGAAGGAAGUCACUUCUGUCUCCUGGCAUCCUAUACAUGAAGGACUGUUUGUCUCUGGUGGUGGUGACGGCUCUAUUGCUUACUGGUUGGUGGAAAAUGAGAAGGUUGGCGCUUUGGAUAAAGAACGCGAGCCGAAAAGUACCUCAGUGCGUCUCGACGAUGAACUUCUUGCUCCUGUUAUUCCUGGAAUGGGUCUUGAUGGAGAAGUUGUGGAGAAAAUGAAUCGUGACAUCACGUCAAAUCCAGCCACUGCCCAUCAUACAAUGCUUCUGAUGCCAGAAGAUUUGAAUGCACGACAUCAGCAUAACGCCAAUAUCGGAGCGAAAAAGACGUUGAUCAAACAGCCACCCCCUAAGAAAGCACAAAGGCAGUUUGAACGAAUGUGGAAUGUGUCGAAACCAGGAGGCGGUGGUUUUGAUGAUUACGAUGACGAACCCGAAGAGGAAAUGUUUCAACCGCAGCAGCAACGACCUCGUCAAGGACUGCUUGGUCAAGCUCCUCCUCCAAUGUCGAUGCUCGCGCAGACAGUGAAAGCUCAGUCAGCAGCCGCCAUUGCGGCAGGAUUUGCCGGCGGUUUUGCUGGUGCACAAAAGUUAGGCCUUCUUCCUCCUGGGAUGCCACCUGGUUGGAAGCCUCAAGGAUCUAAUACACCGACUCCAAACAUGGAGGAGAAGUCUCCGUCUGGAAAACCUGGCACUCCUAAUGAACAAGGACGGCCUCAAAUGCCCCCUCAUCGCGCACCUUUACUGUCAGCUCCUGCUACAACUGCUAGUGCAACGCCUCCUCCUACUUCAAAUGGACCGUCUCCAGCGAACGCCCCCAGAACGUCACUGCCAAUGCCACCUCAACGUCCUCCAUUCCCUCAGUUACCUCCUUCGAUUCCUCCUGGGAUGACACCACAGAUGCUGGCAGCAGCUGGGAUAUGGCCUCCCGGCGUUCCCAUGCCACCGUCAUUAGCUCAGAAGCAGGCUGCUCCGCCGCCAAGUGAAGAAGACAUGGAAAAGGAUUUACCCAUGCCACCGACACAUAAUGCAGCUGGUCAAAUGCCGCAUAGUAUGCCGCCACAUCACGGUGGGCCUCAUCCGUCUCACAGUCAACAGGGACCUCCAACGGGACCACCGCCAAAUGUCAAUCGGCAGUGGGGAGGUCCACCGUCGCAAGGUCCUCCUUCUCAGUAUGAAGAAUCGAGCGAAAGCCCAUAUGACAGUUGGAGACAGCAAUCGGGACCACCCAGACAGCAAGGCGAUGGAUAUUACGGUAACAAUAACCAAGACUAUGAUCGGAACAGAGAUGGAAGAGAGGGCAGAGAUGGCAGGAGCGGUGGUGGUCCCAUAAGAGGCGGUCCAAGAGGACGAGGAAGGGGACGUGGACGGCCGUAUUAA